AUGCGGAUCGCACAGGAUGUUGAAGAUUUCCAGGGAGGCGAAAAGGUAGGGAACGGGAGCGGGUUAGAAGACGAGUCGUAUUGGGAACCAACAAGUGGUGAGGUGACACUGUCCGAGGACAAUCGCUAUAACCCAAGCCAAUCGGGAGUCGUCGAAAGGUCGGAGGCUAAUCACCCAGGCAGAUCGGGAGUUGAUGAGCGGUCCGAGGCCAAUCACCCAGGCAGAUCGGAAGCCGCGAGAGUGUGGGAAACUGCAGUUCCAAGGAAGCCAGACUUCAGCUUGAAUGUUGAACAGAUCGUAGAAGUUGUUAAACAAGAGAAGCCCAAAUGCAUAUUUUUGACAUCUCCAAAUAAUCCAGAUGGGAGUAUAAUUGAUGACGAUGUUCUCUUAAAAAUACUUGACCUUCCCAUAUUGGUGAUAUUGGAUGAAGCAUACAUUGAGUUUUCGGCAAUUGAAUCGAGGAUGAGUUGGGUGAAGAAACAUGAGAAUUUGAUUGUUCUUCGGACAUUUAGCAAAAGAGCUGGUUUAGCUGGACUUCGAGUAGGAUACGGAGCUUUUCCUUUGAGUAUAAUUGAGUAUCUUUGG